AAGAACCUGUCCAUAAUGAUACCGAUUUGUGCUAACGGCAGUGGUAGUUAUCGUAGUACCAUCCACCAACAACCUAAGCCACAUCCCGCCGGAGCAGAUCUGCAUCAUUAGCAGCAACAGGUCGUGGGCCUUCACCGCCUUGAAGCGGCCAUCAACGACAUCCGUGCUAGAAAAGAAAAUCGAUCGAUUUCCUGUCGCCGCAAUUUCUUUCCAACCACUAAGCCAAGCCACCUAGCCGCCAAUCGUAAAGUGAAAGAAGUGGAUAAUAGUAAUAAUAAUAAAAAUAGGCCUCUCGCCAAUGCCUUUUAACUGAUAAAUCGGGAUCGCCGCAGCCGCCGCCGUAGCCAAGCACCUGUCCGUUUGGUUGCUUUCUGGAAGUUUUCUGGGAGCGCAAAAAGUGGAACACUGCCAGAUAGCCCCGGCCAUCCAGCCCCAGUCCCAGUUCAGAGCAUCCGGUGCCUCGUAGCUACGCGCCAGAGGUCUAACGGAUCUAGCAGAGCGCAUCGAAGAAUAGCGCCGUGGUCAGCAGUAAAACAGUUUCAGCAUACAGAUAGUUGAAGACGGAGUAGAAAAAAAAAUAAUAAAGUGCGCGCGGUAACACUAUAGUGCAUGCAAAGUCGUCCCCAUCCGGCGAUCGGCGUCAAGUUCGAGUUCAAGUUCUGCUGCCAGUGCCUCGAUUUGAAGCCCCACCGUUGCUGUCAUCCACGAGCUUAAGACGUGCCGCCAAGAUGUCCAGUAAACCGCGUCGAGGGACAGUCAGAUGGAGCAAUCAACGGCCAACCAGCACUUCCACCACCACCAACGCCUUCCUGCUGCUCACCUCCCUCACAGUGUUUCUGAGUAAUCUGCUCAGCACUGCCAGUGGGAACCCACUGCAUCCGUUCACCUCGUCAUUCAGCCGAAACCUACGACAUCUACCAUGCGUUGUGCGGAGUUCCGGUGCGGAAGGCAUCUGCAUGUUUGCCAUCGAUUGUUUCAAAUCCAACGGCACCCAUCUCGGUGUUUGCAUAGACAAAAUCUUCUUCGGAUCCUGCUGUCAGGUUCACGAUGACAGUUUACUGUUCAAGUACGAAAUUACCGACAACAGUAUAGACAAUAACCACUCAGGUUUACACUACCAACACUUUCCACCUGUGAUCGAUACCAAUAAGAAACCACCGCUAACAGAAACGAUACUCCCGUCGACGGCGAAGCCAAGCAACUCGACCAAAUAUGCGCUGAUUAGCACUUCGUCGACGACCACCCGUCGAACGACUACGAAAUACAGUCGAAGAAACACUACAGCGGCUGCAACGACGUUAAAACUCCAACAAAAGGACGAUGUUCCUUCGACAACAGAGUAUCAAGAAUUUUCCACCUUCCAAUACGUUCAAAGCAGUAAAAACCCGACUCAGAGUGCGACAGAGACUAGUCGACGAACUACUACCACUAGGAGAACUCCUCCGAGAAAUACAACGAAACCUUAUAAGACUAGGAGACCUACACCAAACAGAAAUGUGACCAGGAGACCGACUACUCAGACCACUACUCCAAAAGCCAUUCUGACAACCUUGCCGGAAGUUAAGCGGAAUAUUACCUCAUGGUCCACGGCAACUCGAAGACCAACAACGUCUGCUGAGAUGACUACCAGUUCUUCCCAACAACCGACUACCGCAAGUUCAACGACCGUUAGACGAACAACAACCUAUUCAAGAAAACCGACCACUACUGCACUUCAAUCGUCGGAGGAGACUACAUUCUUCAUACCAUCCAGGAAGCCACCAGCGGUGGCACCACUAACUCGACCACCAGUUCGACGAAGACCUACGACUGCCACUACCAUGGCGGAACCUGAGACUACCCAAGCACCGCGACCUCGACCAAGACCUACAGCAGAAAUCGUUACCGUUCCUGCGACAUCCCUGGAACACCUGAUUGAUGACUUUCUGUCUUCCACUGGUCAAGACUCGUCAUCAACGGAAAGUACUACCGCAAACACCAUAAAGGAAACAAGGGAAAAGCCGACCACUACUCCGCAAACGACGACACAGCAAGAGACGACUACGGCUAGUAGAACCACUCCAUCGACAACGACAACGACGACGACGACGACAUCAACAACUACGACGACGACGACUACUGUCGCCCCUACGACGACUACGACUACUGCCGCUCCUACGACGACUACGACCACGACUACCACAACUGAACCACCCACAACGACAACCAAGACUACACUGAUCCCAAAACCAACCACCUCCGCUGGACGAAUAACUCCCCCCGCAGACGCCGACUACCAACCGGAAACUUCACAAACCGAAAACCUCCUGGAUGAGACCACUGCUAGUACCGGUUUUGUUACCUGGUCCAGCUAUGUGGAUGAACCAUCCAGCAGCGAGAAGAACCCUUCCGAACCAGCACCAACAGGUCCCACUACAUCAAACAGUUGGAUACUGAUUCAUACACUAACCCCGGAAGCGGUGCUCGGCACCAAUCUGACUAACAAUCACAGCCCACCAUCAACUCAACCAUCAGCGCCAUCCGCGUCAUUGAUUGAGCUUGGAGAACCGGAGUCCUUGCCGGACAUCUUUCUACCUCCGCUCGAUUCGCUACUGCCGGAAGCAGCCUACAUCUACACCAUUCAUGAUGAAACUAAUCAAACCCAAACCGGGGAUCUCAUAUCUCAUUCGCAACUUGAUUCCUCAACAUCCACAGAGGAUAGCUUACAGACCUCACUACCCACCACCACAUUCGAUGAGCCAUCUACAAGUACUAGUACUACGUCCAGCAGUACACCUUCGUCUACCGCCACGUCUACAACUGAAGCGGUUCGUGAAGCUGCCACCACUGUUGGUAGCACAAACACUUUGACCACUACAACUGAGGAGACCAUUACAACCACUACUCCGGAGCCAACGGCAACGACCACCGUCACCCCGACAACCAUAGCGCCAACUAGUGAACGAACGACUCCAAGUCCCAGUACCAUUGCUACUGAGUCAACCAGUAGCAGUACGGCUACUGAAACCACCCCACCGCAUGUCACUAGUAGUACAAGUUUAGAAUCAUACACAAGUUCAUUUGCCCCAACAAGCAUGGUGCUCACCACUACCACAACCCCUACCACCACCACCACUACUACUACUACUACUACAGAACAGGAAACAUCACCGGCUACUUCAACGACUACCCCGGAGAUUCUGAUCGAAAUCCUCGCACCAUCAACGAGUUCAUCGAAGAUCACUUCAACCACUCCAGCCGACUCAACCGUGGAACCAUCCACCGUCGAUUCCAUCACAGACCUCACCACCGAAGAAACCAGUUCCGAAGAAGGCAGCGGUAGCGAGGAGGAAUCCGAAGAAGGAGAAGAAGAAGGAAGCUUCAGUUCUGAAAGCUAUGAAUCUACCCCGGAGCCGCCCAGUUCGAUCAUAACCGAACUAAACAAGUACGCCAACACAACCUGGGCCACCACUACGCCGAGCAGUACCAGCGUUGAGAGUACGACGAUCACCACUACAACAACCCUCAACAUCACUAGCUCGAUGCAGUCGAUAGCAUCUAUGUUCAACAUUUCCACCAGCACCGGAAUGCCGGUGCGGUUCCCGGAGGACAAUGUCACCUCCACCACCGCGGCCAGCUCGGCCGGUCCAGAUGGAGUCACGAUGUCGCCCGCCAGCUCGUCCUCGUCCGCUCCACUGCUCGAGGGCAUCGACUAUCGUGCCGUGUGUGGCAAGCGAAUGUUCCCGGAGCCCCGAAUCGUCGGUGGAACGAAGGCAGCCUUUGGACGGUGGCCGUGGCAAAUUUCCCUCCGUCAGUGGCGAACUUCAACCUACCUGCACAAGUGCGGUGCCGCUUUGCUGAACGAAAACUGGGCCAUCACGGCGGCUCACUGCGUGGAUAAUGUCCCGCCGUCGGAUCUGCUGCUUCGACUAGGCGAGUACGAUUUGGCACUGGAGGAGGAACCCUACGGCUACCAGGAGCGACGGGUGCAGAUUGUGGCCUCCCAUCCGCAGUUCGACCCACGGACGUUCGAGUACGAUUUGGCCUUGUUGAGGUUUUACGAACCGGUGGUGUUCCAGCCGAACAUCAUUCCGGUUUGCGUGCCGGAAGGUGAUGAGAACUUUAUCGGACGGACGGCGUUCGUCACCGGGUGGGGUCGACUGUAUGAAGACGGUCCACUACCCAGCGUCCUGCAGGAGGUGACGGUUCCUGUGAUCGAGAACAAGAUCUGCGAAACGAUGUACCGAAGUGCGGGCUACAUUGAACACAUCCCGCACAUCUUCAUCUGUGCCGGUUGGAAAAAGGGCGGCUACGAUUCCUGCGAAGGUGACUCCGGUGGCCCCAUGGUGAUCCAACGGCCGGACAAGCGCUUCCUUCUGGCCGGUGUCAUCUCGUGGGGAAUUGGCUGUGCGGAACCAAACCAACCCGGCGUGUACACGAGGAUAUCGGAGUUCCGGGACUGGAUCAAUCAGAUACUGCAAUUCUAGGCGAGAGCAAAUGGCAUCGGAACAGUGAAAUACAACGAAUCUACGUACAAGCAACCACCCGUUGGGAGAAUUAGGCUGCAUUUCGAGCCCAGUCGGUGAACCCGACAAGGAAGAAUGGCCGACUGGAGCUGGGGAAAGCAGUGUUCAGCAGUAUUCGCGAGGCACAUUUAUACAAGCAGAAGAGAAAGAGGAUCGGAACAAAGUCCAGGAAUUUGUUCCUUCAAUUGUUGAUUUGUUUUUAGUUGGCUAAUAGGUGUCACCCAGGAGGGGCAAGGUAAAUGCAUUGAUCUGUCGAUGUAAUCGACCGUUGAAUGGUGCUAGGUUUUUGAAACACUCAAUCAACCUACCUGCGAGGGUAGCCGGAUUUCAUCGAUAGAUCGAUAACGAUAACUAGGAGAGAAAAAAAGGAAAUCUUUGGAACAAGGGAAAACACUUUUAAUGAACACAAAUCGCUCAAAGCAACAACCAGUGAACGAAAACACCUCAAAAGUAUCAAGAAACUGUACUCGUUAUUAUUUUUUUUUAUUGGAAAGCAAAAGUAAUCUUACUGCGCUAGAGUUUUAAACUACGGAAAAACCAAUCGUAACUACUGUGGCGUGAAAUGAAUCGAAUUGUUGGUUCAAUUGUGCGAAUGAGAGAAACAUUGUGUGUGUGUGUUGAAUUGUACUUUUAGACAAUCUUAUCUAAGUUGUGAUAAUUGGUUGUGAAUGGAUGGUGGAUGCGAGUAUUUUUAAAAGACAUCGAAGAGUGAUUGAGUUGUCGGCAAAAAUGAAAAAAAAGAAGGAAAACUUUGAUUGCCGCGAUUUUAGAAUAACGAAAUUAUUUAUUUAUUUAUAUUCAUAACAAAA